UCGAUUCCCUUUACAUCAUCGCCCACCGCAGUUGGAUCGAUCCGAUCGGCGCCUCGGGUAGUCAUGGAGGUCGUCUACUCGUGCGAUUUCCCACGGAAGCCUCGGGCCGCCUACUGCCCCGCGGUGCCCCUCGCCUGCGCCUGGUCGUGCCGCAACCUCAUCGCUUUCACGUCCGAGCGACGGGGCCCGCACGGCGACAUUGGCGAGCACACGAGCUACCCCAUCCACAUCAUGGACCCCGAGCACCCGUGGGACGUGUGCACGGUGCGGUCCGGCCACAGCGACGUCAUCACCUGCCUGGAGUGGGACCAGUCCGGAGCGCGGCUGCUGUCGGCGGACGCGGGGGGCCGCGUGCGCUGCUGGGCCACGCCCGAGCACCUGCUCAACGGCUGGGAGGCGGUGGGCGAGGGCGGCCCCGACGGCGAGCCCCUCCUGGCGCUCGCGUGGCUCCACAACGGCAUCAAGCUCGACCUGCAUGUGGAGAAGGUGGGCGCCAUGAGCUUCGGUGAGAAGUUCUCGCGGGCGCGCUUCCACCCGUCUCUGGCGGCGUUCGGGGGGCGCGCGGGCGACGGCUGGGUGGGGGUGUCGGCGAGCGGCCUGGCGCGCGUGUGGCUCCUGAGGCCCGGCGGGGCGCUGCUGAGCGCCGUGCGGCCCCUGUCGCGGCCGCGGGCCCGCGUCGCCGCCGCCGACGCGGCCUUCACACCCGCGGGCCACGUCGUGGUGGCCACGUCGGAUGGCAGCAGCUCCUCGCCCAUCCACUUCUACCGGCUGACGCUGAGCGUGGUGAGCGAGAAGUGCCGCGUGGAGACGGAGCUUCUGCCGUCGCUCUUCCUCCGCUGCUCCUCCGACCCGUCGCGACGAGACAAGUACCCGGCCGUGUCUCACCUGCGCUUCGUCACGCGGGAGAACUCCGAGCAGGUGGUGGUGUGUGUGUCGAGCGCGCAGGGCAGCGUGGUGGAGUGCUGGUCUCUGCGCAAGGAGGGGCUGCCCCUCAACAAACUCUUCCAGCAGAUCCCCUCCCUCGGAGACAAGCAGCCGAGCGUUCAGAAGUGGCGCAUCCUGUCCACUACGAGCGACCUGGAGCGCGUGAGCUCCGUGGCGCUGCCUCGUCUGCCCAUCUCCCUCUCCAGCGCCGACAUGAAGCUCGCCGGGGACACCAAGUUCUUCCCCGGGCUCGGCUUGGUGCUGGCGUUCUGCGACGGCUCGGUGCACGUGCUGCACCGCCUCACGCUGCAGAAGCUCUGCGCCUUCUCCCCGAGCGGGGGCCCCGGCGUCGUCGGGGGCUCGGAGGAGCCGCCCAUGAAGCGGGGGAGAGGCGCGGGGCCCCACCAGGCGGCGCACUUUUCGGCGGUGGCGCUGUCGCCCUCGUGCUGUGCCCUGCUCGCCGUGGAGAACAGCGGCAAGGUGAGCGUGUCGCGCGUCUCCCCGUGGCUGGGCCACCCGCUGGAGGCCGGCGCGGCGCUGCGCAACCUCCUCUUCCUGCUGGAGUACGGGCUGGUGACGGGCCACGACGCCUGGGACGUGCUGCUGCACGUGCAGCCGGGCACCGCCGCGCCCCUCGCCGACCGCCUCGCCGAGGAGUACGCGCGGCAGGCCCAACCCCUGCAGCAGGCGCUGCAGACGCGCGUGCUGGCGCUGCGCGCCUGGCUCUACCGCCUGUCCCCCGGCACGGCGGUGCGCUCGGCGGACCUGCACACGCGCCUCCUGCUGCACGCCGUAUCCUGCACCCUCAAGUCCCUGCUGCGCCCCACGCUGCUGCACACGCCCGACCGCGGGCCCGGCGACAGGCUCGCCGAGAUCUGCAGCAAGAACACGGACACCGACAUUGACAAGGUAAUGCUGAACCUGAAGACGGAGGAGUUUGUGCUGGACACGCCGCUGCUGCAGUCGCUGCAGCAGCUGAUCCAGUGGGUGGCCGACUUCACCCUCUACCUGCUGGCCAGCCUGCCCAACCAGGGCUCGAUCUCGCGGCCCGGCGUGUCCUUCCUGCGGGACGGCCCGGCGCUCGCGAUGCUGCGGGAGCUGCUGGUGGUGGUGCGCAUCUGGGGGCUCAUGAACCACGCCUGCCUCCCCGUAUUCACCGCCACCUCGGACACGCAGGACUCCCUCUCGCUGCUCUUCAAGCUCCUCACCAAGCUCUGGCUCUGCUGCCGGGAUGAGGGCCACGGGCUGGAGCCGGACGACGGCCUGCUGGACGAGUGCUGCCUGCUGCCCUCGCACCUCGUGCUGCCCUCCGCCGACUGGCUGCCCUCGCCGGACGGCGUGUCGGGCCGCCUGCCGCCGGGAAAGCCGCCGUCGCGCGUCGCCUUCGGCCGCGGCAUCGCCUACGCCGGGCAGCCGGGGCCCGUGCCCGUCCACACGCACGUGCUCGCCCGGUCCCCGGGUCACCAGAAGCUGGACAACCUGCGCCGAGUCAACCUGGGCGUGAACCCCACCGAGGACAUCAAGGUGUGCACCAGGUGCGGAUGCAUCGCCAUGCUGCGCUCGCUGAGCAAGGUGCAGGCGGCGGGGCCCUUCAAGUGCUGGGAGCAGCGCUGGGUCCGCAGCUGCCUGUGCGGCGGCCUCUGGAGGAGGGUGCCGCCGUUCGUGCCGUGACGACGACGAGGGAAUGGACGCUGCGGCGCGGCGUCUCACGGCGACACUGGGGGGGGGGGGUGGGGAGGUCUCUCAGGGUGGGACAGACCCCCCCCCA